CACCCAUUUCCACUAACAAACUCCAUAACUACCACCAACUGAAUCCUCUCUCUCUCUAAACCUGCUCGAUCAACAAUGGCGACCUUCCUGAAAACACCACCUGCACACACAACCACCGAUACAUUUUCAUCAUCUUCUCCGGUGUCAAACCACCACCACGAAACCACCGGCUCAUCGUCUUUCUCCAAGUCUCGGUUCGAAGCCUACAACCGCCUUCAGUCUGCCGCCGUCGCAUUCGGCGAAAAGCUUCCUAUUCCGGAGAUUGUGGCUCUCGGAGGUCAAUCGGAUGGCAAAAGCUCGCUUCUAGAAGCACUUCUUGGCUUCCAAUUCAAUGUCCGAGAGGUUGAAAUGGGCACCUGCCGCCCUCUCAUACUCCAGAUGGUUCAUGAUCCUACUGCUCUUGAUCCUCGGUGCCGAUUUCAGGAGGAGGAUUCUGAGGAAUAUGGCAGUCCUAUUGUAUCAUCAUUAGCCAUUGCUGAUACCAUCAAAUCAAGAACUGAUGCGAUGUUAAAGAAGACUAAAACUGCAGUCUCUUCUAAACCGAUUGUAAUGAGGGCUGAAUACGCUCAUUGUCCCAAUCUCACCAUUAUUGACACUCCAGGAUUUGUUCUCAAGGCUAAAAAGGGCGAACCAGAAAGCACACCAGAAGAAAUUCUCUCAAUGGUGAUAUCUUUAGCUAGUCCACCUCAUCGCAUCCUUUUAUUCCUUCAGCAAAGCAGCGUGGAGUGGUGCUCAUCUUUGUGGUUGGAUGCCAUUCGUGACAUUGAUCCAGCCUUUCGAAGAACGUUAAUUGUUGUCUCCAAGUUUGAUAACCGGCUUAAGGAAUUUACUGAACGGUGGGAGGUUGAUCGAUACCUAAGUGCAAGUGGCUACCUUGGAGAGAACAUGCAGCCGUUCUUUGUGGCCCUACCAAAAGAAAGAACGGCAGUUUCAAACGAUGAAUUCAGGAGGCAAAUAUCUCAAGUGGAUUCAGAUGUUAUACGCCAUCUGAAAGAAAAUGUCAAAGGUGGAUAUGAUGAAGAAAGAUACAAAUCCCGCAUAGGUUUUGGUUGUCUGAGAGAUUAUUUGGAAUCCGAGCUUCAUCGGAGGUAUAAAGAAGCUACACCCUCAAUAUUGGCUUUGCUUGAACAACGUUGCAGUGAAGUGACUGCUCAGUUAAACAUCCUGGACUCCAAAAUUCUAGCAACUUCUGAUGUUGCUCACCUCAGAAAAUCCGCAAUGUCGUUUGCAUCCUCCAUCUGCAACCAUAUGGGAGCAUUAAUAGAUGGAGCUGCUGAUCCUGACCCUGAGCAAUGGGGAAAAACAACCGAAGAAGAGAAAUCCGAAAGUGGUAUGGGAAGUUGGCCCGGAGUAAUUUCUGAUAUAAAACCACCGAAUGCCAACAUACGCCUGUACGGUGGUGCUGCUUUCGAAAGAGUUAUGCAUGAAUUUAGAUGUGCUGCUUAUUCAGUUCAAUACCCUACUGUUUCAAGGGAGAAGAUGUCGAAUAUAACACUUGCACGUGCUGGCAGAGGAGGUGGAAGGGGAAUCGCAGAGGCUGCUGCGGAGAUUGCGCGUGCCUCUGCCAAAUCAUGGCUUGCACCUCUUCUCGAUACUGCCUGUGAACGGCUUGCGUUUGUUCUAAUCAACCUGUUUGAUCUUGCAAUGGAGAAAAACCAACACCUUCACUUUGAUUAUGGGAAAAAACCUGGGGAUAUGGACGGGUAUGUUGGUUUUCAUGCUGCCUUAAGGCGUUCGUACAACUGUUUCAUAAAAGAUCUUGCAAAACAACGCAAGCAACUCGUUCGACAACACUUGGAUUCGGUCACAAGCCCGUAUUCUCAAGUGUGCUACGAGACUGAUCUCUUAUAUGGGCCAGGCCCAAACUCCACUUUCAGUUACCAGACAUCAUGCCUUGAUUUUUCAGAUCAAGAAAAUAUACCUCCAGUAAAUAAUAAUACUAAUAAUAAUAAUCAGCAAACAACACCGGGGAAGCUUCUAAAAGCAGCAGGAGAAGCUUCCAUGACUGUACCUGAGACACCAUCACCUGAAAACGCCAUUGACGGUGGAGCAAGAAAACGCCAUCCCAGAAUAUUAGGUGAAAACAAAAUGUUGGGCAAUAUGGCUAGUCAAAACAGUUCACAGCAAGGGUCAACCUACAAUCAGAUAUGCUCAUUAGCUGCACAACAUUUUGCACGGAUCCGUGAAGUUUUGGUUGAACGGAGUGUGACUACAGCUUUAAAUUCAGGAUUUCUAACCCCAUGCCGUGAAGAUCUAAUGGUGGCAUUGGGAAUGGAUUUAUUUGCGGUAAAAGAUGAGAAGUUUAUGGAUAUGUUUGUUGCACCUGGAGCCAUUGACAUUCUUCAGAAUGAAAGGGAGUCUCUUCUGAAGCGCCAGAAGACAUUGCAGUCUUGUUUGACUGAAUUCAAGUCGGUCGCAACGUCCCUCUGAUAAUGUGAGAAAAUGCUUUCAUUUUGUGUGCAAAUGAAGCUGGUGAAUAUUCCGUACGUACAUUUGGUGAGAAAUUUCAUACGUAUCUUGAUAUAAACUCCUGUGAUGUCAUGUGAGAAAUUGCUUUGAUCUCGUAAGCAAAUGAAUAAUACAUACAUAUCUUGAUUCUCCUGUUUGUGUUUCAUAUAUGGUUUUUGUUUGUUUGUUGAAA